AUGGAGAAAUCGAGACAGGGCAUACAGGGCAUUGGUCGCAUGUUGUUCUCACAGUGCACUGAAAUCAUCAAUCCUGCAACAAACAGAGGUCUACCACCGAAUCUUGUAGCUGAAGAUCCAAGCACCUCCAUGAUCUUUAAAGGCACAGAUCUCAAUGUCGCAGCAUUGACUGCUGAGCUAGGCUUCCUCGCAAACCCUGUGAAUCACGUUCAAACCGCCGAGAUGGGUAACCAAUCACUCAACUCGCUGGCUCUGAUUUCAGCCCGUUACACGCACACGGCGAACGAGGUCUUGUCGCAACUCAUGGCCGCACACAUCAUUGCUCUCUGUCAGGCGCUGGAUCUUCGAGCUAUGCACAUGCAGUUCGUAGAAAACUACAGAGCCGAGUUUUUCCAGCUAGUAGAAAAGCACUACGAGUUGGGCGGAUCGCUACAAAACUUUGACGGCCCUUUGAACAACAAGGAACCAGUUCAUUCGAGCCCUGUCCCGAACGUAUCAAAUGGCCAGCCGGAAGCUCGGGCAAAGCAAUCAGAGUCCAUUGCCAUCGACAGUCUUUCGAAUGUACUCUGGUCCCAACUCUUGAAAGCUUUCGAUACAACCACCAGCCUGGACGCCGACGAGCGUUUCCAAGUCAUAGCUAAGUCGCUGCGCUUGAUCCUCAUUGACGAUACCGGCUUCUCGUCGACCUCCAAUGUGGUUGAAAAGACGGUCGACUUCACCAAAGAGCUUGCAGCCUCGCUCCGGACUGCCUGGUGUAGUCAUAGGGACGCCUACCUGGUGCAUGGCGACGCUUCUCCGGUCCUUGGUCAAGCUUCUAAGGCCAUGUACCGUUUCGUGCGACAGACAUUGAAGAUUCCUCUGCUAGCUACGAAACAGCUCAAGACACCUAGUUCAGAAGAGCUCGUCAGUGGUUCUGGAUUUUAUGGAGAACAGGCUCCGACUGUAGGAUCUUACACGGGUAUAGUGUAUCGUGCUUUAAGGGAUGGGGCUUUAGCCAAAGUGGCCGUUGAUAUUGUAGAUUUGUCACUCGAGUAA